GGUUGAUGACAGAGCACAGAGUGAAAGAGCGAAAAAGGAGAAAGGAUAAUUUGGACAUUUAAAAAAAAAACAGAGACCAAAGCUUGAGAAUUUAGAGAACAAAAGAAACAGAGUGUCAGGGAGGACACGGACACAUACACAAACAUAAACAGAGUGUAUCUCCGAACACUCUUUCUUCUUCAUGCAAUUCCACUUCCUUAACAUAACAAAUCAAAGACAAUGUUCCUCUUUUUUCUUCUCUUCGUUCUCAUUCUCCACACUUCCUCCUCCUCCGCCACCAUCAUUCUCCAAGGCAACGCCACUCUGCAAAGCCCCAACAACACUUUCCAACUUGGCUUCUUCAAUUUCUUCCCAGGCCCGGGCCCGGGCCCGCCUAAAUUCUACCUCGCCAUCCGCCGCACCUCUUUGCCCAGCCCCAAUACCAUCUGGGUCGCCAACCGCCUCCACCCCUCCCCCUCCCAAGCCGCUUCAUCCCUUGAACUCACCCCAACCGGUCAGUUACUCCUAACCCACUUCAACACCACUCUCUGGACCGCCGCCUCCGCCGCCACCGCCAACCUCACCCUCAAGCUUCUCGAUUCCGGAAACCUCGUCCUCCUUACUUCCGACGGCGUCGUUUCAUGGCAGAGCUUCGAUUCCCCCUCGGACACGUGGCUCCCCGGCAUGAACCUCACGCGCUUCAACUCCCUCACCUCUUGGCGCACGGAGACGGACCCUUCCCCGGGGCUUUACACCCUGCGGUUGAAACCAUCCUUCUACGGCGAGUUCGAGCUCGUCUUCAACGAGACCGUUUCGUACUGGUCCACCGGGAACUGGAGCAAUGGGACAUUCCUCAACAUCCCAGAGAUGACCAUCCCCUACCUCUACGCCUUUCACUUCGCCGCGCCGUUCUCCCCCGCCGCGGCCUUCGGUUUCUCCGAACGCGCCAUCGAGACGAGCUUCCGACCGCCGACGAUGUUCCGCCUGGAGCCCUUCGGGCAGGUCAAGCAGUACUCGUGGAACAGCCAAUCGGGGUCCUGGCAGAUGUUUUGGUUCAAGCCGGAGAGUGUGUGCCAGGUUCGGGGAAUCUGCGGGGGGUUCGGGGUUUGCACUGGGGACACAUCCAAAUUCUGUGAGUGUGUGAGUGGGUUUGAGCCUUUGGAUGGUCAUGGGUGGGGUUCUGGUGAUUACUCUCAAGGUUGUCACCGUGUGGACGCGGGGUGUGAUGGGGGUGAUGGGUUUGAAGAUCUUGGUGCUGUGAGGUUUGGAUUCGGUAAUGUGAGUCUGGUUAAGGGGAAAUCUAGAAGCUUUUGCGAGCGCGAGUGCUUGCGUGAUUGUGGGUGCGUUGGGUUGAGUUUCGAAAAGCAGAGUGGGUUAUGCAAGAAAUUUUAUGGUUCGCUUUCGGAUUUUCAGAAUUUAACCGCCGAUGGUGAGAGUGAGGUUUUGCAUGUUAGGGUUCCGAGCGGGGGAUCUGGGAGGAAGGUGUUUGAUUGGAAGGUUUUGAGUGGGGUUGUUAUCGGGUCGGUUGCGGUUUUGGGGGUGGUGGUGGUGACAUUGUUGGUGAUGGUGAAGAGGAGGGUGGAGGGGAAGAAAAUGGACGAGGAUGAGGAAGAUGGGUUUGUGGGUAUGUUGAAUUUGCGUGUGUUUUCUUACAAGGAACUUCAGUUGGCGACUCGGGGGUUUUCAGAGAAGAUUGGGCACGGAGGGUUUGGGACGGUGUUUCAGGGGGAGUUGAGUGAUGCUUCCGUUGUGGCUGUGAAGAGGUUGGAGAGGCCAGGGAGUGGGGAGAAGGAGUUCAGGGCGGAGGUCUCCACGAUUGGGAAUAUUCAACACGUGAAUCUCGUGCGGCUCAGAGGGUUUUGCUCUGAGAAUUCUCACCGGCUUCUGGUUUAUGAGUAUAUGCAGAACGGUGCUCUCAGUGUUUAUUUGAGGAAGGAAGGACCUAGUCUGAGUUGGGAUGUUAGGUUCAGGGUGGCCGUUGGCACUGCUAAGGGGAUUGCUUAUUUACACGAGGAAUGUAGAUGUUGCAUCAUACAUUGUGAUAUAAAGCCAGAGAACAUUCUUUUGGACGGUGAUUUCACAGCCAAGGUUUCUGAUUUUGGGUUAGCAAAGCUCAUUGGGAGGGACUUCAGUAGGGUGUUGGCGACUAUGAGGGGAACGUGGGGGUAUGUUGCACCGGAGUGGAUUUCUGGUGUGGCAAUUACAACCAAGGCAGAUGUUUACAGCUAUGGAAUGACAAUGCUGGAGCUGAUCGGCGGUAGGAGGAACGUGGAGGCACUGCCAUCUGGCGGUGGAGAGAGUGGUACUGAAAGUGGAGGGAAGUGGUUCUUCCCACCAUGGGCAGCGCAGCAGAUAAUAGAGGGAAAUUUUGGUGAAGUGAUUGAUAAGAGACUUGGUAAUGUGUAUAACAUUGAGGAGGCUAGAAGGGUUGCUUUGGUGGCAGUUUGGUGUAUUCAAGAUGAUGAAGCAAUGAGACCUACAAUGGGUAUGGUGGUGAAGAUGUUGGAAGGGUUGGUGGAAGUAAGUGUUCCUCCUUCUCCAAAGUUGCUUCAAGCUCUGGUUACUGGGGAUUCAUUUCAUGGGGUGAAGGCUAAUUCAGGCAAUGGUGUGUCUACUGGCGGAAGCUUAUCAGAUGGCAACUUGGAAGUUUCAACUGCUGAUUCUGAAUCAUAUACAGGGAAUGUUUUUUCUCCAUUAGAUGUCAAUGCCAAUGUCAGUGUUCGAUAACACAUUGUACAAUUGUAACUUGGUACCCCUUCUGUCCUUUUUUUUUUUUUCUCUACAAAGGAGAAGAUGGGGAAAAAAUGGAGCAUUUGAUAUGGUGGCUGAGAUGUAGUUUAACUUGAAUGUUUUCAGUGCUAUCUUCAAAAUUGUCUUUCUUUCAGUGCACACUGAUAUUUAAGUCUUCAACAUGUAAUGAUAGUGUGACUGCUUCACUCUAAUUUAUGAUGUAGUCCUAGGAAGUUCAUACAGAUUCUGAAUCAGGAGGAGAAACUGGUAAUGCUAGUAGCUUUGAAACAUUAAUUACAUGUGAAGAUGAUGAAGAAUCUGACUGUAAAAAAUUCUGAACUGUCAUAUUCAAAAGAAUUUCAUGCAUUAGUGACAAAAGAAUAGAAGGAUUGUUGAAUUUGUGUUGA